AUGACUACAAUGCAAAAUAAUAAAAGCAUGAAUAUGUUGAGUAAUUAUUUGCUUCGUAUGGAUCAAAAUUUAGGGAUCGAUAGGCGUCAAAAUUCUUUGCUCACCGCUAAUGAAAAUGAAAACAAUGAGAAUGACACUGACGAAGUUGAUACAAGUGAUAGUGAUUUUGGCGAUCCUGCAAAAAUAUCAGUUAACAUUAACUCAGAGACGAUUGAUUCACUAAUAAAAAAUCCGAUAAUACAAGAUUUAAACAGUUUUGAUUUUGAAAACUCAAAGAGAGUGUAUGAAGGCCUACAAUCACGCUACGCAUCUAAAAACAUAUUUUUUUCCAAACUUCGAAAUGGCAAAAUAGAUACAGAAAUUGGAAAACAAUAUUUAGAGGAAAAAAACUACUGGAUGAAAAUUCUCCAUCGUGUAUUGUCUACAAUUAAAUUUUUACCAAGUCGAGGUAUGAUAUUCAGGGGUACCACAAAGAAGUUUGGGAGAAAUGACAACGGCAAUUAUUUAGGACUUUUAGAGUUAAUAGCUCAAUUUAAUCCAUUCUUGAACAAUCACUUAAAAAAAUAUGGAAAUCCGGGACGCGGUAAUGACUCAUAUUUAUCAUCUUCUAUUUGUGACGAGUUUAUUGGAGUUUUAUCAAAGCACGUUCGUGAUUUUAUUGGUAGUGAAGCCAGAUCGGCGAAAUAUUUUUCUAUUUCCGUGGAUUCAACGCCUGAUGUUAGUCACCUGGACCAGCUUACUUUUAUUCUUAGAUAUGUCAUAUGUGAUGACUCUCCUAUAGAACGUUUUAUUACCUUUAUUAGUAAUACUGGCCAUAAGGCAGUUGACAUGGAAACUGCGGUUCUUAAGAAUUAG